AUGGCAUCAGAUUAUGAAGUGCUUUGUGCUGCACUAUGCAAAAGACAGGACAGCAUGACCACUCGGACAGAUCAUAGGGCUGGCAAUGUCAAGGUAGCUCAAGUGAACCUAGCCAACAGACAAGUCCAAAAUGAAGAGGCAUACUGCCGAGGUAAACCCAGACCUGAAUCCGACGUUGCUACCACUGCAACGCCAAGAACCACAUAUCCAGGUAUUGCCCAAAGAAGAUCCAAGAGGGGAUGUCCACAACAGACCCCACCUCAAACCAGACACCCACAUAGGACAGGUGCACCAUCGAAUCUGCUUACCAUGUCUCCCUAG